GAAAAGAGUUGGAAGGAGCUUGGCAUCAUUCAUCAUGAAGGUUCAUGAGACAAGGUCUCAAACUCAUUCAUCUGCUGAGGAAGAAGGGAAGACAGGGACAAGAAGGCAAAAAACAGAGAGCAGAGGACAUGAAGGUGACCAUCCUUCAUCCAAAAACAAGAAGGCUAAGGUGGCGAACAAUGAGAAUGGGAAGGAUAGUGGUAAGUCUAUUGUUGAAGUUGGUGAAGAGUUUGAUGAGUUCUGCAAGACUAUGAAGGAGCAUCUCUCUGUUGAGGAGAUGAGAAGGAUACUUGAAGUUAAUGGUCAAGAUGCUUCUGGUUCUGAUGAUGCUGUUGUAACAAGAUGCCAAGAUUUGAUGUUUUAUGGACCUCUGGAAAGAUGUCCUGUGUGUAAUGGGCAACUAGAAUGCACAGGGAGGAACUAUGAAUGCAGAGGAGCUUACAGUGAGUGGUCUGCUUGUGUCUACAACACUAGAGAUAAUCCAAGGAAGGAUGAAUCCCUCAAGCUGCCUGAGGGUAUUGAGAGUUCAAAAGUGAAUGAUUUGGUCAAGAGUCAGCAGUUAAAAUCAUAUCCUAAGAGGUCCUUGUUCCCGGAGGACAAGCCUUUUGCCGGCAUGACUAUUUCACUAUCUGGGAGGCUUACUCGAAGACAUGAAGACUGGAAAGAAGAGAUUGAGAAGCAUGGUGGAGUUUGCUCCAAGUCUAUUAUCGGUGUGACAUGCUUGGUUGUAUCUCCUGCUGAACGUGAGAGAGGUGGUUCAUCUAAAUUAGUGGAAGCAAUGGAGAGUGGCAUUCCAGUGGUGAGUGAGAAAUGGCUAGUUGAUAGCAUUGAGAAGGAGAGAGCUCAACCUUUGGAUGCAUAUGAUGUUGUGUCUGACCUUGCUCCAGAAGGAAAGGGCAUUCCCUGGGACAAACAGGAUCCUAGUGAAGAAGCUUUGCAGUCUUUGAUAGCAGAGCUUAAGCUUUAUGGUAAGAAAGCAGUCUAUAAGGAUUCCAAGUUGGAGCAGCAAGGUGCUAAAAUCUUUGAGAGGGAUGGCAUAAUUUAUAACUGUGCUUUCUCCAACUGUGACCUGGGGAGAAGAGUGAAUGAGUAUUGCAUUAUGCAGCUCAUUGUGGUGCCAGAGGCUAAUGUUCACUUGUAUUACAAGAAGGGGAGAGUUGGAGAUGAUCCUAGAGCAGAAGAAAGAGUCGAGGAAAUGCCAAACGAGGAUGAUGCGGUGAAAGAAUUUGUUCGGCUUUUUGAGCUGAUAACUGACAAUGAGUUUGAACUUUGGGAGAGUGAGAAGAAAUUUGUUAAGAAACCACUCAAGUUCUUUUCAGUUGACAUGGAUGAUGGGGUUGAUGUCCGUUAUGGAGGACUUGGUCUUCGUCAGAUGGGGGUUGCUGCUGCUCAUUGCAAACUUGAUUCUAUGGUAGCAAAUUUUAUGAAGGUUUUAUGCAGCCAGGAGAUCUACAGAUAUGCUUUGAUGGAAAUGGGGCAUGACAAUCUAGAUCUUCCAAUGGGAAUGCUUUCUGAACUUCAUCUGAAGAGAUGUGAAGAGGUGCUCUUAGAAUUUAGAGAUGCUCUGAAAUCACAAUCACAUGGAGAACAAGAUCAGAAGGCUUAUGUUAAAUUGGUUGGGCUCAGUAGCAAGUGGUUCACUCUUAUGCAUUCCACUCGUCCCUUCAUUAUCAGAAAUUUCGAAGAAUUUGCAGACCAUGUUGCUGCGCCAUUGGAGAGUAUCAGGGACAUUGUUGUUGCAUCACACUUAGUAGGAGACAUGACUGGUGCCACGAUCGACGAUCCCCUGUUUGAUCGAUAUAAGAAAUUGGGAUGCUCUGUCACUCCUUUGGACAAGGAAUCUGAUGAUUACAAGAUGAUAGUCAAGUACCUGAAGAAGACAUAUGAACCAAUCAAGCUCGGAGAUACCGUAUAUGACGCAUCAGUAGAGAACAUCUUUGCAGUCGAGUCGAGCUCUUGCCCCUCUUACGACGAAAUAAAGAAAAUGGCAAACAAAGUCCUUUUAUGGUGCGGAACAAGGAGUUCGAACCUGUCAAGGCAUUUGCAAAAAGGCUUCUUGCCUUCAAUCUGUUCCAUACCAGUUCCAGGCUAUAUGUUCGGGAGGGCCAUAGUGUGCUCAGAUGCGGCAGCAGAGGCUGCAAAGUAUGGAUUCACGGCGGUUGACAGACCGGAAGGUUUCUUAGUCUUGGCCAUUGCUUCACUAGGACAGCAGAUAACUGAGAUAUCAACUGCACCAGAGGAUCCAGAAGCAUUGGAAGAUAAGAAGACAGCAGUGAAAGGAAUAGGCAGGAAAACAACAGAUGAAGCUGAGCACUUUGUCUGGAAGGAUGACAUAAAAGUUCCUUGUGGACGUCUGAUUGAAUCUGGCAACAAGAACAGCCCACUUGAAUACAAUGAAUAUGCUGUCUAUGAUCCCAAACAGGUAAAUAUCAUUUCUAAAUUCUGCAUUGUUACUAAUAGAUCUUUUUCACCUUAUUGUAUUUUGCAGGCGAGUAUCAGGUUUUUGGUUGGAGUGAAAUAUGAAGAGCAGAACAUGGGAAAUGGACACAGUUGAGUGAAGAUCACUGAUCAUCUAUUUCCUCUUUGCUAACUCUUGAGCUUGAAAGUCUGGUGAUUGUUUUGGA